AUGGAGCCUCACACGCAACCGGGCGUCCACCCAACCUUCCCCACCCUCUACCAACCAAUCCCCAACCCGCUCCCUCACGCCCUCCCACCCCCGAUCAAAGAGCGCUCCCUCCGCGCCCCCUUCGGCAUCGACCCGGACCUCUACCACUUCGCCCUCCGCCCGGAAAUCCCCAUCACCUUCGCCGCCCUCUACGUCCUCUCCGUCUUCGCCCUGAACGCGUACAACCGCAGCCGCGAGCACAAACCCUGGGCCGUCAGCAAGCAGACAUGGUUCCGCUACUUCGUCGUCGUGCACAAUGUGCUGCUGUCGCUGUACAGCUUCGCGACGUUCCUGGCGAUGCUGCGCGCGAUUACGCAUACGCUGCCGUCCUGGGACGCGGAGAAUUGGGCGCCGCGGACGGCGGAUGCGUUGUGUAAGCUGCAUGGACCGAGGGGGCUGGGGGAUGCCGCGACGUAUAAUACUACGAUCAAUAUCUGGGAGGUCAAGAAUACCGCGAUUCAUUUGGGGGCGCGUGGAAACCCGGACCCGACCGAUGUUGGGAGGUUGUGGAACGAAGGGCUCGCGUUUUGGGGCUGGAUGUUCUAUGUGAGCAAGUUCUACGAGGUCAUUGACACGGCUAUCAUCCUGGCCAAGGGCAAGAGGAGCGCGACGUUGCAGACUUAUCAUCACGCUGGGGCGAUGCUGUGUAUGUGGGCUGGUAUAAGAUACAUGAGCCCGCCGAUCUGGAUGUUUGUGUUCAUCAACUCGGCGAUUCAUGCAAUGAUGUACACCUACUUCGCGGCCUCAGCUCUCGGCUACCGCGCGCCACAAGCUUUCAAGCGCACCUUGACUUCCCUUCAGAUCGCACAGUUCGUCUUCGGCGCGUCGUACGCUGCAGCACACCUCUUCGUCCAAUACGACAUCCCAAUGCAGGUUCCAUACCAUAUCACGAACGUCGUCGAACACGCCGUCUCCAGCGCAAGCUCGGCGGCAGGCGCAGCGACAAAGUCAGCUGCCUCAGUCGCAUCCGGCAUUUCCUCCUUCGCAGAGUCACCGACCGUCGCUCCCUCAAUGGGCGCGCUCAUCAAGAAGCUCCUCCUCCGCGCAGCAGGCGAAGAAGGCGUCGCAGAGCGCAUCGGCAUGGAGCAGAAAGUGCGCGAUGCUGUGCGGGAUCCCCUUGGCGUCGCCGGCAACCAACUCUCCGGCAUGGAAGACAAGGUGGAGAAGUGGUACGAAAAGCGCUUCGAGACGCACUACCGCUCAGAGUGGACGAAGGUUAACUGCAUCGACACGAGCGGCGAAGCAUUCGCCAUCUACCUCAACCUGCUCUACCUCAUGCCACUGACCUUUCUCUUCGCCCGCUUCUUCGUGCGAGCCUACACGCAGCGUGGAAAGCGUAGUUCCUUCUCGGAGGCGGUCCGCAGCAUCUCCGAGUCAGCCAAAGAUGCUAGCAACGAGACAGAGAACCAGGUCGAGAAAUCCGGCAAGAAGGCAGAAGACGAGCUACAAGAGCGUGGCCCAGAAGUCAAGGACGAAGGGCAGAAGCGACUCGAUGAGCUUAGGAACGAUGUCAAGUCGUUAAAGGAGGGCACGUUUCGUGAGAGGCGAGUGAGCGACCGCGUGCAGAGCUACGAGAAGAAGGUUAAAAGUGGUGCGGAGAACGCGAAGGACGCGGCGGUGGAUGCGGCGCAGAAGGCGAAGGGGUAUUUGCAGGGUGAGACGGGUGGGACAAGUAGUCCGAGGAAGGGGAGCCCGGCGAAGAAGGCGCCUGCGGAGAACGAGAGUGCUGUGGAGGAUGAGCCGGCUGCUGGGAGUGGAGGUGAUGCUGCACAGAAGAAGGGCAAGGAUGGCUCGGCCGGUGCUGCGAAUGGCUCGAAGGACAAGGAUGAGGAGCCUUCCAGCGGCGGCACGAAUGCUUCGAAAGACCAAAAGCAAGACUCUUCGGCCCCAGAAUCCGACAAGAACGGCUCUUCCGACAAGAACGGCUCUUCCGACAAGAAAGACAGCCCACAAGCCGCACCGAGCGAGCCAGCCAAAGAGGAAGAAGCAUCAACCGAGCAACCAGCAGAAACCCAAGACGAGAAUAUCGCCGACUCCCAAGCGCUCCGCCCCGGCACCGGCAAGAACGGCGAAUCCCUCGCCUCAUCCUCCGCACAACCAGGAGAGUCCGAAAACAACGACCCCAAGUCCUCCCGAACCGAAGAACAAACCGACGGUCUCGCCGACGACGCCGAGCAACAAGGCCAACAACCCGAGCUGAAGGACCAAGAGGACACGGACGCGAUGGGGAAGUCGGGGAGUAUUAUCGAUAUCGCUAGUAAGAAGGCGGAGGAGGCUAGUGAGGAAGCCGGUGCGGAAUCUGGUGGUGCAGGGGGCAAGAACGGUGGGACAUGA